UCUCAACUCCAACCUCAUCCAUCGCAAACCAACAUACGCAGUUCCGCUUUUGAGAGUCUCCGUCGCACAGAUCCGGACUUCUAGGAUCACGCAAAAAUGGCAGACGCAGCCGUCGAGAAUCCUCUUAACACAGUUGCACCACAUAAGAAGCCGCUCGUCUCAUCGAUACCAAACGUCGAGUCGCUGGAGGGCUUUGCUACAGAAGGCACAGAUGACUACUCGACAUUCAAGAAACUUCAGCGGCAGCUAGAGUACAUUCAGCUACAGGAGGAGUAUAUAAAAGAUGAGCAGAGAAAUCUGAAGCGCGAGCUUGUGCGAGCGCAAGAAGAGAUCAAGCGAAUUCAGAGCGUACCUUUGGUUAUCGGCCAGUUUAUGGAGGCCAUAGACCAGAACACAGGAAUCGUGCAAUCAUCUACUGGCUCUAACUACGUCGUUCGAAUCCUAUCAACGCUCGACCGUGAGCUUCUCAAACCAUCCUCCUCGGUGGCCCUACAUAGACAUUCAAAUGCACUGGUCGACAUCCUUCCACCUGAAGCCGACAGUUCCAUUGCCAUGCUGGGCGCAGACGAGAAGCCAGACGUCACGUAUGCCGACGUCGGUGGUCUCGACAUGCAAAAGCAGGAGAUCAGAGAAGCUGUCGAGCUCCCACUCACUCAUUUUGAUCUGUAUAAGCAGAUUGGCAUAGAUCCACCUCGCGGUGUGCUGCUGUACGGUCCUCCAGGUACUGGCAAAACUAUGCUCGUCAAGGCGGUAGCGAACAGCACUACCGCUUCAUUCAUCCGUGUGGUUGGCUCCGAGUUCGUGCAGAAGUAUUUGGGUGAAGGUCCGCGCAUGGUCCGUGAUGUGUUUCGCAUGGCCCGUGAAAAUUCGCCCUCUAUCAUCUUCAUUGAUGAGAUCGACGCCAUCGCCACGAAGCGUUUCGACGCUCAAACUGGAGCGGACAGAGAAGUCCAGCGUAUCUUGCUCGAGCUGCUCAACCAAAUGGACGGUUUCGAUCAGACUUCUAACGUCAAGGUGAUCAUGGCCACAAACCGUGCCGACACACUCGACCCCGCCUUGCUACGUCCGGGCCGCUUGGACAGAAAAAUCGAGUUUCCGUCCUUGCGUGAUCGUCGUGAGCGCCGUCUCAUCUUUACAACCAUCGCGAGCAAGAUGAGCUUGAGUCCCGAGGUGGAUCUGGACAGUCUGAUCGUACGCAACGACCCGCUCUCCGGCGCCGUCAUCGCCGCGAUCAUGCAGGAGGCCGGAUUGAGGGCUGUCAGAAAGAACCGGUACAACAUCAUCCAGGCGGAUUUGGAAGAGGCAUACACGUCUCAGGUCAAGGGUGGAGGCGAGGCCGACAAAUUCGACUUCUACCGGUAGAAAGGACACCGUCCGACCUGCCCGCCGGGAUCUGGGACCCAAUCUGCACUGUCGAGCAUAUGUGCAUCAUGUGGCGUUUUUGUGAAGUCGACUAAGAUGGUCGCAUUUGGUGUGUUCCCGUGGCACAGCACAUCAUGUAGCAAUAAUAAUGCUCGUUCAUCAAA